AUGGCCGCAUCCACCACGUCCGUCUGCUCCAGCAACCUGAGCUACGGCAGCCGGGUCUGCCUGCCCGGUUCCUGUGAUUCUUGCUCUGACUCCUCCUGGCAGGUGGACGACUGCCCAGAGAGCUGCUGUGAGCCCCCCUGCUGUUCCCCCAGCGGCUGCACCUCAGCCCCCUGCCUGACCCUCAUCUACACCCCAGUGAGCUGUGUGCCCAGCUCCUGCCAGUCAGUCUGCACCAGCUCCUGCACACCCUCGUGCUGCCAGCAGUCUAGCUGCGAGCCAGCUUGCUGCACCUCCUCCCCCUGCCAGCAGGACUGCUGCGUGCCCGUGUGCUAUAAGACCAUCUGCUGCAAGCCUGUGUGCUGUGUGCCCGUCUGCUCAGAGACUUCUUCCUCGUGCUGUCAGCAGUCUAGCUGCGAGCCCUCCUGCUGCACCUCCUCCUCCUGCCAACAGACCUGCUGUGUGCCCAUCUGCUGCAAGCCUGUGUGCUGUGUGCCCAUCUGCUCUGGGGCCUCCUCUUCAUGCUGCCAGCAGUCUAGCUGUGAGCCCUCCUGCUGCACCUCCUCCCCCUGCCAGCAGGCCUGCUCUGUGCCUGUCUGCUGCAAGCCUGUGUGCUGUGUGCCUGUCUGCUCGGGGGCCUCCUCUUCAUGCUGCCAGCAGUCUAGCUGUGAGCCCUCCUGCUGCACCUCCUCCCCCUGCCAGCAGGCCUGCUCCGUGCCUAUCUGCUCUGUGCCCAUCUGCUAUAAGCCUGUCUGCUGCAAGCCUGUGUGCUGUGUGCCUGUCUGCUCUGGGGCCUCCUCUUCAUGCUGCCAGCAGUCUAGCUGCGAGUCCUCCUGCUGCACGUCCUCCCCCUGCCAGCAGGCCUGCUCUGUGCCUGUCUGCUGCAAGCCUGUGUGCCGCAUACCCAUCUGCUCCGGGGCCGCCCCCUGCCCAGCCCCCUUGUGUUGCCAGCCCAGCCCCCGCCCCUCCUCCUGCUGCAGACCCUCCUCCUGUGUGUCCUUUCUCUGCCGCCCUGUGUGCAGGACUGCCUGCUGCGUGCCCGUCCCCUCCCGCUGUGCCCCCACCUCGUCCUGCCAGCCCAGCUGCUGCCGCCCGGCCUCCUGCGUGUCCCUGCUCUGCCGCCCUGCGUGCUCCCGCCGGGCUUGCUGUGUCCCUGCCUCGGCCCAGAAGUCCUGUUGCUGA